AUGGUGUCACGAGCCGAUGAUUACUUCGGGGAUGUUCACCCUCCGUCUCUCCCGUCAUCUCGACCUCAGGAUACCCCUUCUACGUCUUCGAAGGCACGGGCAGCAAGGGCCGCAGCAACACCCACACCAACAACACCAGCAACAUCAGCAGCGGCUACAAGCCCCUCUAAACGGGAUAAGAGCUCCAAAUUGACUGCGAAGGACGUUGCAGAGCUUACAGACUUUCAAUUGGGCGAUUGUCUGGGCAAGGGCGCGUUUGGAUCGGUAUACAGAGCUUUGAAUUGGGGUACUGGUGAGACGGUGGCCGUUAAGCAGAUCAAGCUUACGGAUCUUCCGAAGAGUGAGCUUCGAGUUAUUAUGCAAGAAAUCGAUUUACUGAAGAAUCUUGACCAUCCAAACAUUGUCAAGUACCAUGGCUUUGUGAAGUCUGCCGAGACUCUAAAUAUUAUUCUCGAAUAUUGCGAAAAUGGCUCUUUGCACUCAAUCUCGAAAAACUUCGGCCGAUUCCCCGAGAACCUCGUCGGUCUUUACAUGUCUCAAGUGCUCCAUGGCCUUCUAUACCUCCAUGAGCAAGGUGUUAUACACCGGGAUAUCAAAGGAGCAAACAUACUCACCACUAAACAGGGCUUGGUUAAGCUGGCUGAUUUUGGUGUUGCUAGUCGUACGACGGGCCUUCACGAGUCCAGCGUCGUUGGGACGCCGUACUGGAUGGCUCCUGAGGUGAUUGAGCUGUCUGGCGCCACGACUGCUUCUGACAUCUGGAGCCUGGGUUGUACUGUCAUCGAGCUGCUUGAGGGGAAACCUCCCUAUUACAAAUUCCAGCCCAUGCAGGCCUUAUUUCGUAUUGUUAAUGAUGAUCAUCCUCCUUUACCCCAAGGAGCAUCGCCUGCUGUGCGGGAUUUUCUCAUGCAAUGUUUCCAAAAGGACCCGAACCUCCGAGUGUCUGCCCGGAAACUUUUAAAGCACCCUUGGAUAGUCAAUGUGCGAAGGUCUGAUUCUGUCGUCCCGACGAAAUCCACAGAGUAUGAAGUAGCUGUCAAGAGUGUGCAGGAAUGGAACGAAGCCCUGCGAUCUCCGAAUUCCAACUCCGUUCGGAAACCUUUACGGCCAGGACACGCUAGCCCGAUGCCAGGACAGAAGGAACUUGCGCCUCCGCUCGUCAUACCUUCCAGAGAAUCACUUUCAGGUCCGGGAGGAAACAUCAACAUCAACAAAGACACUGCUGAAAGAUUUCGGUCACCAAAUGGAGAUGCCGAUGAUAACUGGGAUGACGAUUUCUCCUCCGCGAUAAGCCCCAGUGCCCUGCGACUGCCACACUUGAAACCACAUGACAACUUUGGUGGGAUGCUAUCGUCCGAGAAACUUAAAGCAUUUGCUUCUUUUGAAAAUGUAACUGAACUUGGAAGUACAGAUAACGACGCCGAUGACGAUACGACUGUAAACCGUUCCUUUGAGCAGAGCGAAACUGACCCGCUCCGAACUAUCCGUCCGUUUAUACCUAAAAUCAAUAAAUCCCUAGAUCCGCCAAAAAAUCCAAGACGCUCGCGGCAGCGGAAGCUCUCUAUCCCUGUUGCCAAAUCGGGCGCUAUUGUUACGCCCAGGUCCAAUCUCAGUAACAAACCGGCCCAUCUUAGCCGACCCGCUGCAUUUUAUAAGGAAAGCUCCAUUGAGGAUUAUUCUGAUUUGAUUGCUGCAAAUGAUGCUGUUCUUGAUAAGAAGUUACGAGUUAUCCAGGGGGUCGGAAAUGAUACAAGUAAACCCGACACUGUCGAUAUGGUCAACUCGACAUUUCUGGAGCAAAGCACAGAUUGUAAUAACCUGGACCAUCCUCCCGAACAACCCCGAGUACGCAGACGGCCCCCAAUUAGCCGUUCCCGAUCAUCCAUCGAAAUAGAAAAAUUCGCAGAGGAUAAAAACGACGAGGAUUUCUCUGACAUUCUGGGCGCUGAUGAGGAUCCGCUUUGUAGAAAACCGGAGAGCGACAGUGCCAGUUCUGACCGGGGUACGCUGAUGCUCAUUAAUUCGAAACUUUCGAAUAACUCGUGGCUAGGCGAUGUGGACGAUGAGGACGAUCCGUUUGCGCAGCUUGAGGAGGGACUGGAUGAGAUGGACCUUGAGGCUAAUAUUGCUCGGGAUAAGUAUGCAAGGCUGAGGAAUCAGGUUGAAGGGUUGGUCACUUCGUUGAAGACGUCGCAGGAGGAUGAUGUGCUUGCAGAUAUCUCUGAGCAAUUGUUGAUUUUAUAUGAUGAUUUGCCGGAGACGAAGAGCGUCAUUAUCAGUGCCCAUGGCAUGCUACCCAUUCUGGAAAUUCUUGAAAAUUGCCGGAGACGGGAUGUGAUAUCAAACCUUUUGAAGAUUGUUAAUGCUAUCAUAUUCGACGAUUAUGAAAUUCAAGAGAACCUCUGUUUCGUCGGAGGCAUCCCGAUAAUUAAUAAAUUCGCUUCCAAGAAGUAUCCUCGAGAAAUUCGCCUUGAAGCUGCUGCGUUUGUGCAGCAGAUGUACCAAACUUCCACAUUGACUUUACAGAUGUUUGUCAGCACUGGUGGUUUGAAUGUCCUUGUUGAGUUCCUUGAGGAUGACUAUGAGGACGAGCGGGACCUUGUUUUGAUUGGGGUUAAUGGGAUAUGGAGUGUUUUUGAAUUACAGGGUUCAACGCCAAAAAAUGACUUUUGUCGUAUUUUAUCGAGGAAUUCUGUUUUAGACCCGCUGUCGUUGGUUCUGAGCAGAGUCCUGGAUGAAGAAGGGGAACUAGCUGAGCUUUGCGAAGGUCGCAUUGCCAACAUAUUCUUUAUAUUUUCUCAGGCGGAAAGCUACGUUAAGGAGAUGGUUGCUGAAAGAACCGUUCUGCAUAGAGUUCUUAAGGAACUGAAAAGGAUGACUCCCGUCCACCAAAUCACGAUGCUGAAAUUUAUCAAGAACCUUUCCAUGCUGUCCACGACCCUCGAGUGCCUCCAAAACUCUAAUGCUAUUGAUGUCCUCACUGAGUUACUGAGAUCAACCAUGAAGGGGCCACAUUUCCGCGAAGUAUCCAAUCAGAUUCUCAACACCAUCUAUAAUAUGUGCCGGCUAAGUAAACCGCGGCAAGAGGAUGCUGCUUUAAACGGCGUUAUACCCUUGCUUCAGAAAAUUGUCAAGACAGAACGGCCCUUGAAAGAAUUUGCCUUGCCGAUUCUUUGUGAUAUGGCUCAUUCUGGAAAAGUUGGUCGUCGAGAGUUGUGGCGUAAUAAGGGCCUUUCAUUCUACGUAUCUUUGCUGUCUGAUCCGUAUUGGCAGGUGACUGCUCUUGAUGCCAUAUUUACAUGGUUGCAAGAAGAAACCGCAAAAGUGGAAGAACAUCUCCUGGACGAUAGAAAUGGACCACCUCCCUUCGUGGAUGCCAUCAUACGUUGCCUCACGAUAUCAAAAGCAAAUGCAUUUGAAAAUCUUCUCGAACCUCUUCAAAAACUUUUACGGCUGAGCCCACCCAUUGCAUCCACCUUAGCCCGGCCAGACAUGUUCAGCCGCAUCGGGCAAAAGCUCCACCAUACGAAACCCGCCGUGCGGGUGAACCUCCUCCGCAUUCUUUCCACCAUAUGCGACUCAACAGAUGAACGCGGAAUCUUGCUAAGCCGCUACGGUCUCCUAGACGCAAUCAGAGAACUACAAAAGGAUUCCCGCGUCCUCGUCCGCGAGCUAGCAGUCCAACUGAUAAAAUCGAGCGAGGAAAGUGAUACACUAUUAAGUACAGCUGCGAAGCGUCGGACAAAUAUUCGACGCCAGAGCGUCACAACGGCGCCUCCCAGCCUUAUUUCCAGCCACUCCAUGCCUUCCUCGCCGCAGGUAGGUCGAUCAAGUGCAUCGAAAUUAUUGUAUGAGGGCCGAGAAACACCGCGACGCCCGAACGGGAUCAAUAGUGUCGGACUUGCUAUGCGACCGGGUAGUCGCGAUGGGAGAAUCCCUACUGCAGGGGUAGCGGCGACAGGUGGUGGUGGCUCUGGAAGCAGUUCUGGAAAACCUCGUCUUCCACGUGCCAUGACGCAACUUCAGCCGUCAUCGUCAUCUUCGUCUUCGUCGCAUAAGCAGCAUCAGCAACAUGGCUCAUCGACAUCACCACAGUUAAGUGAGGACAUACGGACGCCAACUUCGUUGACGAGACGGCCUUCGAUUGUCAAUGCAAGGCGGCGAAGGACGAAUACGGGUUCUGGAUGGACGUGA